AAUGAAUUGCGUGAUACCAUAACUUCAACCUCUAUAAUCUACUUAAGUGAAUUUUACUUUUUAAUUGAAUUGCUGAAAUACAUUUUUCGCAAUAAAUGUAUUUCUUUAAUUGAGAUGCACCUGUAAUAAUAAACGGGACCGUGCAUGAGGUUGGACUUUCCCUUUAAGUCGCGGCUUUACGCAACAACAUCCCACCUGCCUCAGUCGGGCAGCCAGCACCGCGCACGGCGGACCCACCACGCCCCGUCUCCCCGCUGCACGGUGGAUCCAGAGCGGGCCCCCCGUGGGGCAGGGCACCAUCCGUUCGUAAUGACGACCAGCUAAUCCGGCAUCAUCUCCCAUCAUGUCACUGCGGCACUGACGACCGAGGCAGGGCGCCGGCAGGAUGCCGCGGGAACACCGCCUCCUCUUCCUCCGAGCCUCCGCAGGAACGCUGCUCCCCACGGAAACGUCCCCAGAUGGUCGCGGGUGGGAUGAAAGCCGCUGCCCGGGCAGAUAAAUGGUCUAGAGAUCCCUCCUCGGUCCCACUCCACUCCACGCCUCGCAUUGUUGUCAGUCACCAUGUCUCCACCAGCCUCGGCUGCGGCGGCCAGUGAAAGCAGCACCACCACCGUCUACGAGGAGGACACCAGGGAGGAGCAAAGACCCCUGAAGCAAUCUCUGAGCAAGUCCUUAUGUCGGGAGAGUUUUUGGAAAUGCCUCCUCCUGUCCGUCCUCAUGUACGGCUGCAUGGGGGCGAUGGUCUGGUGCCACGUCACCAAGGUGACCCGGCUCACCUUUGACAGCGCCUUCAAAGGAAAGUCCAUGAUGUACCACGACAGCCCCUGCUCCGACGGAUACAUCUACAUCCCCCUCGCCCUGUUGGGCAUGCUCUACCUGGUGUAUCUGGUGGAGUGCUGGCACUGCCACGUCAAGAACGAGCUGCAGCACAAGGUGGACGUCGAGGGCAUCUUCGAGCGCAUCCAGAGGAUGCAGCAAGCAAAGCCCUGCAUCUGGUGGAAGGCCAUCAGCUACCACUACGUGCGGCGAACCCGACAGGUAACGCGCUAUCGCAACGGAGACGCCUAUACCAGCACCCAGGUGUACCACGAGCGCGUCAACACCCACGUCGCCGAGGCCGAAUUCGACUACGGUCACUGCGGGGUCAAAGAUGUUUCCAAGCAGCUCCUGGGCCUGGAGAAGUCUCCUCUCACCAAGAUGCGAUUCACCAAGUGCUUCAGCUUCGCCAACGUAGAGUCCGAGAACUCGUACCUGACGCAGAGAGCCAGGUUUUUCACCGACAACGAAGGCCUGGACGACUACAUGGAGGCCAGAGAGGGCAUGCACCUGAAAAACAUCGACCUGAAGGAGUACGUGAUGGUGCUGACGGACCCAGAGCACCACCCCUGGUAUCUGUCCCAGUACGUCUUCUGGUUCGCAUCCUUCCUCACUUUCUCCUGGCCUCUCAGAGUCUUCACCGAGUACCGCACUGCGUACGUUCACUACCGCGUGGAGAAGCUUUUCGGCCAGGACUACCUUCCCGCGACGCCGUGUGAGGAUCGGCCGUACUGGCGCCGCAUCCCCCGCGUCAACACCAUCGACAGCACCGAGCUGGAGUGGCACAUUCGCUCCAACCAGCAGCUGGUGCCCAGUUACUCAGAGGCCGGCCUGAUGGAUCUGGCGCAGCGUCCGAACACUUUCGGCGGGGUCCGUCAGAACUGCGAGCGCUGCCACCGGGCCAUCAGCUGCUCCUCCGUGUUCUCCAGGAGCGCCCUGAGCAUCUGCACCGGCGCCAGCUCCCGCAUCCCUUUCAGCGGCAGCCGCUUCUCCCUGGCCCGCCGUUACGGCUCCCAGCGGAGCUGCUUCUGGAGGAGCGGCAGCCUGGACGACCAGGAGAGCCCCAGCGAAAACACCCGCUGCCUGUCAGAGCGCCUGGCCACGGACGAGGAGGAGCCCCCGCGCUACGACGACGCCCUGUGCUACCCCGUGCUCAUCGUCCACUGCAGCGAAAACUGCCACAACCACAGAUCUUUCCACAGAAACGGCUCCUGCUUGGAGACGUCUUUGUGAAUGCGAGGCCUCUAAAAAAAAAUAAAAAAAAACACAGCGGGGCCUCUGUAGCAUGCAUUCACCGUCAAUACCAGAAACAGAGAGGGCAAGCAAGCCAGAAACGGCGUUAAUAUUAGAAACAACCUGCCUGGGCUUUGACUGUGUGAACUGCCAAAGCAAUAAGAGCUGCACACCGGUCCAGAGGAAAGAAGGAAAAAACAAAAUCAGAUCAGCUUCCAGUGAAAACCAAGGAGACAAAGACUGUUACGUUGCACACCAUCGCCAUACCGUUGGAGAUCCGAACACAGCGUAUGAAACCUGACGCUGCAGUUACCUCAUAAGGCAGUCGAGCUAUCUCUCAUGUUUCCCUCACGAUGUUUUAUCGAAGCAGAUGAUCCAGAAAUAAUGGGACGGGAAAAAAAAAAAAAGAGAGGGCAGAUUUCAACAGACUUUGUGAUUCCAGCAAUAACAAUGACAACGCGUAACGAUGAACAUCAAUAAUCAUCACAGAGAACGCCGAUCAAUACGAAAAGCUCCAAAAUCAUCAGGACAAGUUAUCGAUAAAGCAUUUCUCGUUCUUGUAAAGUGCUAUAACUCAUUUUUACACAUCAACGUCCUCGGUUCUCCAGAAAGCCUUUUACAUCCACAGACAGCAGACCGGAACAGACCUGCUCCGAUUCACGUCACACUGACCGAUCCAGCCAAACCAACAGGAUAUCACAGUUACGUAUGGUUUUCUGGUGCUGGUGCUAGCAGCUUCUGAGAGAUCCAGCGGUGGUAUAAAAGGAAAGCACACCCUCUUUCAGCUCUAGUGUUUUACAUGUCAGGGCAUCAUAAAAAACGGAUCUGGUCUGUGUGGUAAAGCUGUGUGGAAAAAGGAAACCUGGACCAAGAGUUUGCAGAGCUUUUUACCGCAGUGAUGCCUCUGACCUUAUCAGCCUCUCAUAUUAUUGUUGAAGGAAAAUUAGUCAGCUCCCCUUCACGAUGUUGCUUCAGUUCAUUAAGAUUUGUAGAUCCAGUGCAGCUUUCUAUACGUCUAUGCUUGUUGACGAUUUAGUGACUUCAAGGUCCCCAAAUCAUCACCCCAUUCACCACCAUGCCGGACAGUUGGCUCGAGGAAUUAGUGCUAAAUUUGAAACCGAGCAUUUUUGUUAUGUAAUGUAAUUGUAGAAUUGGAGGAACUGAAGAGGAAGUUUGUUCUGGAGCAGCUAAAUGCAAUAACACAAGACUUCUGCUGUACCUUCAGAAUCACCCGUAUACAAACAAAAAAGCUACACAGUGUGAAUAUUUUUGUCUUAAAUAUUAUUUCUGCUUCCUACUGCCACGACCGAAGCUGACUUGUGCUACAAACCAAUCAGGUGGACAAAAAAAAAAAAAAAAAAAAAAAAAGACGGGUUUACCA